UGAUGUGUGUUUGUCCUUAGCCUUCCUUUAUUUCUUUUUCUUUUUUUGGUGCGGACUUCCUUACCGCUACCGGGAUUGGAAUCCCAGCAGUUCAAGACGAGAAGAUUAUUUAUUUUACUUGACUUUUAUCUAUGUAUAUUUAAGUGCCUUUUCAUAAUGACGAUACUUUUCCUGCUUAGCGCUUAUUAUCCUGUGUUCCGAUCCAUGUUUCGAAACGUAGUGGCGGCAUUGAAUGAAGCCCAUGAUAUAACCCUUUUUCUCAAACCACUGACCCCGUUGUUUCAGAACUUGGAAAAUAUUGAUUUCCCGGAUAUCAUUCCACAUUUGCGCCCAUUGAUGCACUGUAUUUGCAUUGUGUACGCCAAUUCCUGUUUCUACAAUUCUCCGGCCAGAUUGAUCGUUCUAAUGCAGGAAACGUGCAACCUCUUAAUUGAGGCAGCCCGAAAAUAUAUGGAUCCAUCGUCUCUAUUCCAAGUUGAGGUGGAAGAAGCUUUGGAUAAAGUGUUGAUCACCUUAAAGAUCUUCAACAAGUUUCGAACCGCGUUUCGAGAGUUCAAAGGAAAACUCCCCACCUAUUUUCAAUCCAAUAACAAGCCCAAAACUUGGGAUUUUCAAGAGCACUUGGUUUUUAAACGCUUUGAUAGCUUUGUUGACCGUUUAAAUAUCAUCAAAGAGUUCUUUAAAACUGCGCAACAGUUUCUCAAACUAGAAAAGGUCGAAAUUGGAGGACUCCGUGGAAAGGCUUUAAGUAGUCGAAUUUGUUACGUUCAUGAAGAGUUCAAGGAUCUGUAUGGCGUCUUCUCGAACCGUACUUACGACAGCCUUGACCCCAAAGACGAAUCUUUCAUCCGGGAUUACGAACAUUUCAAGAGCAGAACUUUUGAGCUGGAUCGCAAACUCGGGGCUGUUUUGGGUCGAGCUUUUGACGACUGUCUAGUCACAGAAUCGAUCUUCAAACUCCUUCAAAUCUUUGGCUCCCUCAUCCAAAGAAACCUGAUUGCGUUGGAACUUUCCGAUCGAAUGCCAAUGUUGGUGACCAUGCUCAAUCAGGAAAUGGACGAAAGCAAGGUGAUUUACACCAAGCAAAUGGCAAGAAUCAGUCAAAAGGGCAAACCCAGCGUGGACAGGAACAUGCCAUUCAUGGCUGGUCAACUGAAAUGGGCACAAGAACUGAAGGCCAAGAUGUCCUUUUCGGUCAAGAGCUUCAAGGAUCUCAAUCAUCCGAUUUGUUACAAAGAGGGAGCCAAGACUGUCUUUAGGAAAUAUAAGGAGAUGAUACAGCUCCUCACAACAUUCGAAGACGAUGUGUUCCAAAUGUGGAACCUCAGUAUUACCAAGAAGAUGACACAAAGUUUGAGCAAACCCUUGCUUUGUCGGGACAGCGAUAACGACACUUUGAGAGUCAAUUUUGGAAAGGAUCUCAUGUCUGUGCUUCGUGAGGUGAGGUUCCUCAAAAAGGAAUUCCCUACCCGAGAGUUUCCCGCUAUAGCAGCAGAGCUUUUUGAGCGCGAAGAUACGUUCCGAAACUACGUGAACAGCUUGGAUCAAACGGUGGACCAUUACAAUCGAAUCAAGAACAAUACCAAGCCCGUUGAGUUUGAGUUAGUUGAGAAGGAAGUGGCCGAGAUCGAUCUUCAAUUGGAGAAGGCUGAGCACGCCCUUAGCUGGAACUCUCAAGGUAUUUGGAACUAUAUGGAGAACCUUCGAGGAGUGGUCACUGAUUUGAGUAUGAGGGUGUCCAAGAGCCAACAGAAUGUGACGACGAUUCAAAAGAUGAUGGAAAAAUGGAAUGAUAAACACAUGUUUAUUCGGUGCAAUGAACCGAAGUCUGAGCUCCUCUUAAACAUGAAAGAAAUGCCCGCCAAGAAGGCCAAAAGAUAUGAGGAAGUCACCGAGGCAGGCCAUACGAUCACGUCUCUCAUUCAGGACUGUCAAAAGUACUUUCAGUGCUCAGAGGAUUUGCCUGCUUGGCACAAGUAUCUCACCUUCGUGGAUCAAAUCGUGGUCAAUGGUAUUCUUCGCUCAGCAGCCAGCUCCUUGGGCUAUCUCAUUGACGAAACCGACCCAACCAUCACUCAAGGGCCACUCAUUGAGGUGAAAUUGGAGUUGUCACAACCCGAUGUGAUUUUCAAACCUUCACUGGACCAGAACAUCCACAACAACUUCUACGAUAUGGUUCAAGGUUGGAUUGAAGACAUCCUCUACGUGGCCAAGCUCAUUCCACGGGUAGCGAUGCCCCAGCAAGUUGACACGGACGACGAGGAGCCUCAAGAGAGAAAUUAUUAUUAUGUAAUAAGUCAAAAUAAAGAGAUCAAAAAUCUCUGCGAAGGAAUAUUGAGCCGAGUGAAGGCCGUCAUUUUUCUGGCCAAUAAAUAUCGCAAGAGUCACAACGAGCACUCUUAUCUUUGGACCGAGAGUCGCCAAGAGUUUAUGCAUUACUUUCUCACCUAUGGUCGACAAUUGUCCCAAGAGGAAUUGGAUGCUUUGGAGGAGGACGAGAAGGCGGUCAAAAAGCAAUACCCUGGGCUGGAUCAGUUCAAGGAACAAAUCGAUUACUAUGAAGAGCUCCACGAUCAACUUAAGAACAUUGAAAAUGUCAAACUAUUCCAAUGCUGGUUCCGAGUGGAUAGCCGACCAUUUCGCUUGGCUCUUUUGACUUGCAUCAAGCGUUGGGGCUACUCGUUCAAGAAACAUCUCAUGGACCACGUGGUCGAUAGUUUGGCCGAGUUGAACGAUUUUAUUGAACGAGCAGAUGAGGGUCUCAUGACGCAAGUCACCGAAGGCAAUUACGAGGGCUUGAUCAAGGUCAUGGAGUUUCUCCAGAUGGUGAAGGAGAAACAGGCUGAGGCUGAUGUUAUGUUUGAACCUCUCCACAACGUCAUCAAUUUAUUACGAAACUAUGGAGCCGUCAUCCCAGAAGAGAGUCUGGUUCAGCUCCAAGAACUGCCCGAAAAAUGGGCCAACACCAAACGGUUGAGUGUGACCGCCAAGCAACAAGUAUCGCCGUUACAAACCAUGGAAGUGGGCAAAUUGAAGAAGAGAAUGCAAGACUUUGAAAACAAAGAGAUCGAAUUCAGGGUCAGCUUCCAGAAGAUGCGAUUCUAUCAAUUCAAAUGCCGGCAACCUUACGAGUUGUUGGCUGAGGCCAACGGCAUGAUUGACAACAUGGAGAUGGAGAUGAAGAAACUGCAGGAUUCGGCCAGCCUUUUCGAGGUCUCUAUACCCAAUUUCAGACUUCUACAGCAAUGCCGAAAGGAAAUCAAGAUGCUCAAGGCUCUUUGGGAUUACAUCUUUUUGGUUCGAACCUCGAUCGAUGAAUGGAAGACCACUCCUUGGAAGGAUAUCGAUGUGGAAAAUAUGGACAUGGAGUGCAAGAAAUUUUCAAAGGAUGUUCGAGGCCUGGACAAGGACAUGAGAGGUUGGGAUGCCUUCAAUGGGCUUGAGGUCACUGUGAAAAACAUGCUGACCUCACUGAGGGCGGUGGGUGAGCUUCAAAAUCCUGCGAUUAGAGAUCGUCAUUGGCAGCAAUUGGUCACAGCCACGCGAGUCAAGUUUGUGAUGAGUGAAGAGACCACUUUGGCAGAUCUACUCAAUUUGAACCUUCACAACUUUGAGGACGAGGUGCACAACAUCGUGGACAAAGCUAUCAAGGAGAUGGCUAUGGAAAGAAUGCUCAGAGAACUCGAAGUGGUUUGGACUAGCAUGGAGUUCCAUCAUGAACAUCACCCGAGGACUGGAUAUACCCUUCUUCGAACGAGCGAGGAGCUGAUUGAAACGUUGGAGGAGAAUCAAGUUCAACUGCAAAAUAUGAUGGCAUCCAAAUACAUCUCAUACUUCUUGGAAGAGAUUUCCUCCUGGCAGAAGUGUCUUUCCAUGGUGGAUCAAGUAAUCUCGCUCUGGUUUGAUGUCCAGAGAACAUGGUCUCACUUGGAGUCAAUCUUCAUUGGAUCUGAAGACAUCCGCAAGCAACUCCCCGCGGAUUCCCAAAGAUUUGACGAGAUAGACACAGAGUUCAAGAUCUUGAUGAAACAAAUGGCUAAAACUCCCAAUGUGGUCAAAGCUACUAAUGUGAAUGGAUUGGCGGACAAGCUGGAAAUCAUUCAAUCACAAUUGUCUCUGUGUGAGAAGGCUUUGGCUGAAUAUCUCGAGACGAAACGUUUAGCCUUCCCAAGGUUCUAUUUCGCCUCCUCCAAUGACCUUUUGGAUAUACUCUCAAAUGGAAAUCAGCCUCUGAAGGUGUCCAAACAUCUGACAAAGCUCUUCGAUUCCAUGGCUAAACUCCAGCUAAAGACGGAUGAAGGUGGAAACACGUCCAAUAAAGCAGUGGCCAUGUUCGCCAAGGAUGGCGAAUACGUCGAAUUCAAAGAAGAAUGUCUCUGCGAGGGCCAAGUAGAAGUUUGGUUGAACCGAUUAAUGGACACCAUGCGCUCCACUAUUUGUCACUAUAUGACCCAUGCCGUGGCGACUUAUGAGGAAAAGCCGAGGGACCAUUGGUUGUUUGAUUAUCCAGCACAAGUAUCUCUUUGUGGAACCCAAAUCUGGUGGACUGCCGAGGUUGGCAUUGCAUUUGGCAAGUUGGAAGAGGGCUACGAAAAUGCCAUCAAGGACUAUUACAAGAAGCAGAUUGCUCAAUUGAACAAUCUCAUCACACUUUUGCUGGGAACCCUUACCAAAGGAGAUCGGCAAAAAAUCAUGACCAUAUGUACGAUUGACGUACACUCCCGAGAUGUCGUGGGUAAAAUGAUCUCCAGUAAAAUUGAGUCUGCUUUGGCAUUCAUGUGGCAAUCCCAGCUUAGGCAUCGUUGGGAUAACGACAAAAUGGACUGCUUUGCCAACAUUUGCGAUGCAGAGUUUCAAUAUUGGCACGAAUAUCUGGGAAAUACCCCUAGAUUGGUCAUUACUCCUUUGACGGAUAGAUGUUACAUUACCCUUACUCAGUCCCUUCAUUUGGUAAUGGGCGGGGCUCCAGCUGGACCAGCAGGAACGGGAAAAACUGAGACCACCAAGGACUUAGGGCGUGCCUUAGGAAUGAUGGUAUACGUGUUCAAUUGCUCCGAGCAAAUGGAUUACAAAUCCUGUGGAAACAUCUACAAGGGGUUGGCGCAAACUGGGGCCUGGGGCUGUUUUGACGAGUUCAAUCGAAUCACGGUUGAGGUGUUGUCCGUGAUUGCGGUGCAAGUCAAGAGUAUCCAGGACGCCAUCAAAGAGAGCAAGAAAAAAUUCGACUUCAUGGGUGAAGAGAUCCCAUUGAAUCCGACGGUGGGAAUCUUCAUCACAAUGAACCCGGGUUACGCUGGGAGGGCUGAAUUGCCCGAGAACUUGAAGGCCCUCUUCAGACCAUGUGCCAUGGUUGUACCGGAUUUGGGGUUGAUUUGCGAAAUCAUGUUGGUAGCUGAAGGCUUUUUGGAGGCGAGAACUUUGUCUCGAAAGUUCAUUACGCUCUACACGCUAUGCAAAGAGCUCCUUUCAAAACAGGACCAUUACGAUUGGGGUCUUCGGGCGAUCAAAUCUGUUUUGGUUGUGGCUGGUGCCUUGAAAAGAGGCGACCCUGAGAGACCCGAAGACCAAGUACUCAUGAGAGCUUUGAGGGAUUUCAACCUUCCAAAGAUCGUGUCAGACGACAAUCCAGUAUUCCUGGGGUUGAUCUCCGACUUGUUUCCAUCAUUGGAUGUUCCGCGGAAAAGGGAACUAGAAUUUGAAAAGGCUGUCAAGCACGCUGCUUGUGAUCUGAAACUCCAACCAGAGGAGAACUUUGUACUGAAGGUGGUUCAAUUGGAGGAACUGCUUUAUGUGCGACACUCUGUCUUCAUUGUGGGCAAUGCUGGAACUGGAAAGAGCCAGGUGUGGAAAACCCUAUUCAAGACCUUUCAAAACUUGAAGAAAAAGCCAGUCUACAACGACCUUAAUCCAAAAGCCGUCACAAAUGACGAAUUGUAUGGUAUAAUCAAUCCUGCUACUCGUGAGUGGAAGGACGGCCUUUUCUCCGUGAUUAUGCGAGAUCAAGCUAACUUGACUACUGAAGGUCCAAAAUGGAUAAUUCUUGACGGAGAUAUUGAUCCCAUGUGGAUCGAAUCCUUGAACACCGUCAUGGAUGAUAACAAGAUUUUGACAUUGGCGAGUAACGAACGGAUCGCAUUGACCCCUGAAAUGCGUCUGAUCUUCGAAAUUUCCAACUUGAGAACGGCCACUCCUGCUACCGUUUCCAGAGCAGGUAUACUGUACAUCAAUCCCGGAGACCUGGGAUGGAAUCCCUUUGUAACGAGUUGGAUUGAAACUCGGGAAGGUCAAGCCGAAAAGGCAAAUUUGACCAUUCUAUUCGACAAAUACAUUCCUGUGCUGUCCGAGGCCAUGAAACACCGGUUUAAAAAGAUAACGCCAAUUCCCGACAUUGCGCACAUCGAGACACUCUGCAAACUCUUGGAAUGCUUGAUAGUCACCCAAAACAUUCCAAUUGAUGGACCAAAAGAGCUCUAUGAACUGUACUUCGUCUUCGCUUGUGUUUGGGCCUUUGGUUCCUCUCUCUACUUCGAUGGGACCACGGAUCAUAGAGCCGAAUUUUCCAAAUGGUGGCUGAACGAAUUCAAGACCGUCAAGUUUCCACCGAAUGGAACCAUCUUCGAUUUCUACGUGGAUUCGCAACAACAAGAAAUGGUUCCCUGGGUUCAACGAGUUCCAAAAUUUGAAUUGGACCCUGAUUUGCCCCUUCAAGCGGUUCUGGUUCACACAGCCGAGACUGUUCGGGUGAAAUACUUCUUGGACAUGUUGGUAGAUAAGCGGCAUCCUGUGAUGCUGGUGGGUGGGGCCGGGUGUGGCAAAACAGUCUUGGUCAAUGAGAAACUCAGUCAAUUGAGUGACAACUACAUGGUUACAAACGUGCCAUUCAACUAUUAUUACACCUCCGAGAUGCUUCAAAAGAUCCUGGAAAAACCCUUGGAGAAGAAAGCGGGCAAGAACUUCGGUCCUCCGGGCAAUAAGAAAUUGGUGUACUUUUUGGAUGACAUGAACAUGCCUGAAGUAGACACCUAUGGAACUGUUCAACCUCACACUCUAAUCCGACAACACUUAGAUUACAAGCAUUGGUACGAUCGGAACAAGCUAAGUCCAAAAGACAUCCACAAUUGUCAGUACUUGGCUUGCAUGAAUCCUUGUGCUGGGAGCUUCACCAUCAAUCCUCGACUUCAACGGCAUUUCGCCACAUUUGCCGUGAGUUUUCCAGGACAGGAUUCUCUCUACACCAUUUACAAUGCCAUCCUGUACGAUCACUUGGAGAAUCCUGGAAACAAAUUUCCUUUCUUGGUCCGGAAGAUGUGUUCCAAUGUGGUCCACGCUACUCUUCAGUUACAUGCCAAAGUGUCCCAGGUCUUUAUGCCCACGGCCGUCAAGUUCCAUUAUAUCUUCAAUCUUCGGGACUUGUCCAACGUGUUUCAAGGCCUGCUCUUUGCCACCAAUGAUUGCGUGAAUACACCCACUGAGAUAGUUCGUUUGUGGUGCCAUGAGACUCAUCGUGUCUACAUGGACAAACUGGCCGACAACAAAGACAUCGAGAACUUUGAAAAGAUUCAAAAAGACAUUCUCAAGAAGCAAUUUGACGACGUUCCAGAGCAAGAAGUUCUUGGAAAGCCUUUGAUUUAUUGUCACUUUGCCAAGGGUAUUGGAGAGCCCAAAUACAUGCCACUCCAUAAGUGGGACACUCUGAACAAGAUCCUUUCGGACGCCCUCCAAAGUUACAAUGAAUUGAACGCUGCCAUGGAUUUAGUACUCUUUGAAGAUGCCAUGUCUCAUAUUUGCCGGAUAAAUCGAAUUCUUGAAUCGCCCCGUGGAAAUGCUCUGUUAGUAGGCGUGGGUGGGAGUGGUAAACAAAGUUUGUCCCGAUUAGCUGCAUACAUCUCAUCAAUGGAAGUUUUCCAGGUUACUCUGCGGAAAGGUUAUAGUAGUGCUGAUCUCAAGGGAGAUUUGGCCAAUUUAUAUCAGAAGACUGGAUUGAAGAACUUGGGCACGGUAUUCCUAAUGACGGAUGCACAGGUGGCGGAUGAGAGAUUUCUGGUCUUGAUUAACAAUCUGCUGGCCUCUGGGGAGAUCCCAGACCUCUUCAGUGAUGAUGAGGUUGAGAAUAUUGUAACCAUGGUGAGAAAUGAAGUUAAAGGAGCUGGAUUACAAGACACGCGGGAAAAUUGCUGGAAGUUCUUCAUCGACAGAGUUCGACGCCAAUUAAAGGUUGUGCUUUGCUUCUCGCCGGUUGGAAGCACUCUUCGAAUCCGUGGUCGAAAGUUCCCCGCUCUAAUCAAUUGCACUUGCAUUGAUUGGUUCCACGAGUGGCCUCAAGAGGCGUUAAUAUCGGUAUCAAUGAGGUUUCUACGAGAGAUGCCAGUGAUCCAAAUGCAAGUGAAGCAAUCAAUCGCCCAAUUCAUGGCUUAUGUUCACGGAUCUGUGAAUGAGAUGUCGAAGGUCUACUUGGCCAAUGAGCGGCGGCAUAAUUAUACCACUCCCAAGUCAUUUUUGGAGCUCAUCAAUCUGUACCUAAAGAUUCUCAAACAGAAGCAUGAAGAAUUGGAGGGCAAAAUGCAAAGAUUGGAAAACGGACUCGAGAAGUUGAGAGUCACGGCAGAGCAAGUGGCCCUGUUAAAAGCCCAAUUGGCCGAACAGGAGAUAGAGCUCACCAAAAAGAAUGAAGAAGCUGACAAGCUGAUUGAGAUAGUGGGGGUGGAAACCGAGAAAGUGUCCAAGGAAAAGGCUAUCGCUGACGAAGAGGAACUGAAGGUCAACCAGAUUAAUAAAGAGGUAUCUGGCAAGCAGAAAGAUUGCGAAGCCGAUUUGAAAAAGGCCGAACCAGCUUUAGAGGCCGCUCAGCAAGCUUUGAACACGUUGAACAAGGCUAAUUUGACUGAAUUGAAAUCCUUUGGAUCACCUCCACCUGCAGUAAUUAACGUCACUUCCGCCGUAAUGGUACUUUUGUCCACGAACGGCAAAAUACCCAAGGACCGUUCUUGGCAAAAGGCCAAAAUCAUGAUGUCAAAGAUUGAUCAAUUCUUGGAGAGUCUGGUGUGUUAUGACAAGGAGAACAUUCAUCCAAAUAUCAUCACGGCCUUGGAGCCGUACCUCAAGGAUCGGGAAUUUGAUCCUGAAUACAUCCGAUCAAAGUCUGCAGCCGCUGCUGGCCUUUGCUCAUGGGUUAUCAAUAUCGUAAAGUUCUUUGAAGUGUACUGCGACGUGGAACCCAAGCGACGGGCAUUGGUGGAGGCCAAUUUGGAACUGGCUGAGGCCAGAGAAACCUUGGCUCGAGUAAAAGCCAAGGUGGUGGAUUUGGAGGCUACUCUAGCCAAGCUUACCAAUGACUACCAAAAGGCCAUUGAUGAGAAAAUGAGGUGUCAGCAAGAGGCAGACGAGACCACAAAAACCAUCGCUUUGGCCAAUCGGCUCGUCAAUGGUUUGGCUUCCGAGAAGAUUCGAUGGAGUGAGUCUGUCCAAAAAUUCCGUGAGCAAGGCAAGAUGUUACCAGGAGAUGUGCUCAUCGUGGCUUCAUUCAUUUCGUAUCUGGGUUGCUUCACCAAACAGUAUCGAUUGGAGCUGUUUGAACGAAAAUGGCUGCCUUACUUGAAGAAGCUCCCGAAGCAGAUCCCACUUUCGCUGGGAUAUGUGGGUGCCAAUGUGCUAGCUUUGCUCACUGAUGAUGCUUUAAUAGCUAAAUGGAACAAUGAAGGUCUGCCCUCUGAUAACAUGUCAACGGAAAACGCUACCAUUCUGACCAAUUCCGUCAAAUGGCCCCUCAUGAUCGAUCCUCAACUCCAAGGGAUUAAGUGGAUCAAAAAUCGUUUCACGGACAAUCUAACUGUCAUUCGACUAGGUCAAAAGAGUUACUUGGACACAAUUGAAAAAUGUGUUUGCCAAGGGAAGAUCCUAUUGAUUGAAAACUUGGACGAGGAGAUUGAGCCCGUCUUGGAUCCAUUGCUCGGACGACUUCUCAUCAAGAAGGGGAAAGCCAUUCGACUAGGUGACAAGGAAGUCGAAUAUAGCCCAAAUUUCCGUCUGUAUCUCCAUACCAAAUUGGCCAAUCCUCACUAUAAACCGGAGCUUCAAGCUCAAACCACACUGAUCAAUUUUACUGUUACCAGACAAGGCUUGGAGGAUCAACUCUUGGCUGAAGUUGUGAAAGCUGAUCGACCUGAUCUGGAGGAACAAAAAGCGGAACUGACAAGACAACAGAACGAGUAUAAGAUUCUGCUAAAAUCUUUGGAGGACGAUCUCCUCAUGCGUUUGAGUUCGGCGGGAGACAAUAUUUUGAGCGACAGCGCAUUGGUGGAAAACUUGGAGCAUACCAAAAAAACGGCUGCGGACAUUGAGGUCAAGGUCUCGGAGGCCAAACGAACUUCGUUCGAAAUUGACAAGGCCAGGGAAUUUUACCGCCCUGCAGCAGCAAGAGCUUCCGUGCUCUAUUUCAUCUUGAACGAUUUGUACAAGAUCAAUCCCAUCUAUCAAUUUUCACUGAAAGCAUUUAGCGUUGUCUUUCACGUGGCAAUUGAGAGGGCUGAGCAGGCACAAGAAGUGAAAGUUCGAGUGGAUAAUCUCACGGAUUGCAUCACUUACAGUGUGUUCCAAUACACAACAAGGGGCCUCUUCGAGUGCGACAAGCUAAUCUUCACCGCCCAAAUGGCAUUUCAGAUUCUCAUAAUGAAAAAGGAAGUAAAUCCGGCGGAAUUGGAUUUCUUGUUGAGAUUCCCGGUAACUCCAAACAUAACAAGUCCGGUUGAUUUCAUUUCCAAUAUUGGUUGGGGAGCUAUCAAGAGCCUCGCCGGAAUGGAAGAUUUUAGGAAUUUGGAUCGGGAUAUCGAAAAUAAUGCAAAACGAUGGAGGAAAUUUGUGGAAGCCGAGGCCCCCGAGAAGGAGAAAUUUCCUCAGGAAUGGAAAAAAAAAGAUGCUUUGCAACGUCUUUGCAUGAUGCGAUGUCUCCGUCCGGAUAGAAUGACAUACGCGGUCCUGGGUUUCGUUCAAGAAAAGCUUGGCCCAAAAUUUGUCGAGAAUCGCUCAGUGGAGUUUGCUAAAAGCUAUGAAGAGUCUGGCCCAUCAACACCAAUAUUCUUCAUCCUUUCUCCCGGAGUAAAUCCCCUGAAGGACGUGGAAGCUUUGGGGAAGAAACUGGGCUACACUCAAAUAGAGAAGAACUUCCACAACGUGUCUCUUGGCCAAGGACAAGAAGUCGUGGCAGAAAAUGCUAUGGAGAUCGCUUCCAGAGAGGGUCACUGGGUCAUUCUACAAAAUAUUCACUUGGUCAAGACUUGGUUACCCGGAUUGGAAAAGAAAAUUGAGGAAUUCAGCGAGGGUUCCCAUCAUUGUUAUCGGUUAUUCCUUAGCGCUGAGCCAGCACCUUCCCCAGAGAACCAUAUCAUCCCUCAAAGUAUUUUGGAAGCUUCAAUCAAGAUCACAAAUGAGCCUCCAACUGGGAUGCAAGCCAAUCUGCACAAAGCAUUGGAUAACUUUGAUCAAGACACGUUAGAAAUGUGCUCAAAAGAAGCGGAAUUUAAGAGCAUUUUAUUCUCGCUAUGCUAUUUCCACGCUGUGGUGGCAGAGCGAAGGAAAUUUGGACCGCAAGGAUGGAAUAAGUCUUAUCCGUUCAACACCGGUGAUCUUGUGAUUAGCAUGAAUGUGCUCUUCAAUUAUUUGGAGGCGAACAACCGAAUCCCUUGGGAAGACCUGCGAUAUCUCUUUGGGGAGAUCAUGUAUGGUGGUCAUAUCACAGAUGAUUGGGAUAGGAGAUUGUGCAAGGCUUACCUGGAGGAAUACAUGCAUCCGGACCAAUUGGAUGGAGAACUAAUGCUGGCACCAGGCUUUUCAACGCCUCCCAACAUGGAUUAUUUGGGAUAUCAUAACUAUAUCACCGAGAACCUACCCCAAGAGUCGCCACCUUUGUACGGAUUGCAUCCCAAUGCAGAAAUCGGAUUCCUCACCGCAACCUCUGAAAAGCUUUUCAGAACAGUUUUUGAGUUACAACCACGUGAAGGUGGGGCCACCGGAGGCCCGGUGACAACCCGCGAGGAAAAGAUCAAAUCCAUCGUGGAUGACAUUAUGGAAAAGCUGCCCGAUCCUUUUAAUAUGAGUGAGAUCAUGGGGAAAGUGGAGGAAAGAACGCCCUAUGUCGUGGUGGCAUUCCAAGAAUGUGAGAGAAUGAACAUUCUUACCAAAGAAAUGCGAAGAUCCUUGAAAGAGUUGGAUUUGGGUCUCAAAGGCGAACUCACUAUCACACCAGAUAUGGAAGAUCUUGGAACAAGCCUUUUCUUUGACCAAGUUCCACCCACCUGGACCCAAAGAGCUUACGCGUCUCUUCAAGGGCUCUCAGCUUGGUAUGCAGAUCUCCUCUUGAGGAUUAAGGAAUUAGAGUCAUGGACGUCUGACUUCAGUUUCCCGCCUACCAUCUGGUUGAGCGGCUUUUUCAAUCCUCAAUCGUUUCUCACCGCCAUCAUGCAGAGCACGGCGCGCAAGAAUGAACUUCCACUGGAUAAAAUGAGUUUGGCUUGCGAGGUGACCAAAAAGAUAAAAGAAGAAAUCCAAGCUCCUCCAAGGGAAGGAGCUUAUAUCCAUGGAUUAUUCAUGGAGGGAGCUAGAUGGGACACUACAACAGGUUCGAUUGUGGAGUCUCGGUUGAAGGAGCUUCACCCACCCAUGCCGGUUAUGUUCAUAAAGGCAAUAACACAGGAUAAAAAUGAACUGAGGAAUCUCUAUGAUUGUCCCGUUUACAAGACCCGUCAACGAGGACCAACUUACGUUUGGACAUUCAAUCUCAAAACGAAAGAGAAACCCAGCAAAUGGAUCCUGGCCGGUGUUGCACUAUUAUUGCAAAUCUAGUCUUUGAUUUCAUCUCCAUUAAUAUCAUAUCAAGUGAAGCGACUAUCUUUAUCAAGAGCUCACUGUACCGUAAGAUAAAUAUCUUAAAAUACGGUUACGUUUUAUGAAUUUUUUGCUUUAAAGAAACUGUUGUCAAUAAUUUAAACCCAUUACUCGA